UAUUAUCAAUAUUGGAAAUCCUAACCGUGAAUUUGAUAUGAGUAAUGUUCCUCUAUGCAUACCUUACUGUAUAUUUUCGGUGAUUGCUAAUUAUAAACCUAAAGAAAUUGAGGAUUAUAUUCAUUUUGGUAUGGAAAGUGUCAAGUACAACUCUGUCACUGGCACUCCUAAUAUUAAAAUGCAGAUGACGGUUCUUUACUCUUCUCAAGCUAUUAGGUUUCAAAAAUAUCUAAAUAUAGCAGGCUCUAAUAUUAAAUUAGAAAAUAUUUAUUUUGUAUCUGGGCUUUUUAAGUUUUCAAAGUCCGGCCAAAUGAUCAUCAAGGCAACCGAUAUCGACUAUUUGAAAACCUCAAACUUAAAUUAUAAUGCUUCCGAAAAUUUCACCUUGAUAGCUUCUGGGCCUCGUUUGAUUAUUGAUGUUGUUGCAGAUGAUAUCGAAUCUACCACUACUCAAAUACUGUUUAAACAUACUGAACCCUCCACUUCAAUCAAAUCUAAUGAUAUUAGUGCUUCUAAGUCGUCAGAGAUCUCUGUUGAAGCUGUUGUCGUAGUUGAUUCUUCUCAUGAAAACAAAAAGUUAAGUUAUCAACCAGACUACAUUGAUUUGGAUACUCAAAAUAACAAAAAAGCCGAUAUAUCAGAUAUUGAAGACAAUGAUGAGAUGGAAGACUCACAGUCUAAAAAAUGA